ACAACAAAACCAGCUCCCCCGCUGCCGGCGCCGCUGCUUCGCUGCCCGCCCCGGUGUCACCUGUCGCCACCUUGGCUGCAUUUGGUCCUGCCCUGCGCUGCGCAACACGGCCGGUGAGGUGGCCGCGCCCUUCGGCCAACUUCUCUGACUGCCGGCUGCGGCGCCUCGCGAGACCCGGGGCCGGUCCGUGGCCGCCUCCUGGGAGCAGCAGGAAGGGAGCGGCCGCCGCGGAAAAGCCCGGCUGGACUGUGCGGCCCGCGGCUGUGCCCGGGCGCGGAGGGCGGCGGUGGCGGGCCCCGCGGCCUUGUCUCAGGUACCCCUCCUUCGGCUGGCGGCCCUAAGCCUCUUACUCUCUUUCCCGGCCCGUGCGGCGGUGCGGUCGCGUAGCGGCCUUGUUGCGUUUCAGCUUGGGGGUCGCGGCGAGGGCGGGGCAGUGACCCCGGCCUCGUGCCCUCACCCCUCGGGCACACCCUUGUCAUCGCUUUCUCUGUCUCCGCCCCGCCCCCCUCCGCAGUCCGGAGCCAGGCGGAGCCCGGACUUGGCCGGGAGAGCUGCACUGACGGCCCGGCACCCAGACCUCGCCGCCGCCGCCGCCGCGAGCGCCGCUGUCCAUCCUGGGUACCGGCAAUGGCCUUCGUAUCGCCCGAUGCACUUGUGACUGACUUGAACACGGAAUAUUAAGAACUCACUUCCGUCCCCAUCCCAGCCGCGCCGGCGGUAACCACCUCGGCUCAGUUUGGGCUUACGGCAGCCCCACUUGUGUCUCUCCGUCCUUGGGGACACCAUGGACCAAAGUGGGAUGGAGAUUCCUGUGACCCUCAUCAUUAAAGCACCGAAUCAGAAAUACAGUGACCAGACUAUUAGCUGCUUCUUGAACUGGACCGUGGGGAAACUAAAAACGCAUCUAUCUAACGUGUACCCUAGCAAACCAAGUUCAGAUCAUUCAGGAUCGACAACUCCGUCAUCCAGUCAAGAAACCUUGUCUUUAGCUGCUGGUUCUUCCUCAGAAGGGUUGAGGCAGCGAACCCUUCCACAAGCACAAACCGACCCAGCCCAGAGUCAUCAGUUUCCAUAUGUAAUACAAGGAAAUGUGGACAACCAGUCUCCUGAGCAGGCUGUUCCACCGGGGCUCCCGGCCUAUCCUGCUUUCAGCCCGCUGCAGAUGCUGUGGUGGCAGCAGCUGUAUGCUCAUCAGUAUUACAUGCAAUAUCAAGCUGCAGUUUCAGCUCAGGCCACAUCAGAUGCCAACCCUGCCCAGCCUGCUGCUCCACAGCCUCUAAAUUUGGCACAUGUUGCUGGAGAGGAUCCCCCACCGGCUCCAAAUCUAGUGGCCCAGGAAAAUCGACCUGUGAAUGAGAACGUUCAGAUGAAUGCACAGGGAGGCCCGGUGCUCAACGAAGAAGACUUCAACCGAGACUGGCUAGACUGGAUGUACACACUCUCACGCGCCGCGAUUCUCCUUAGCAUUGUGUACUUCUACUCUUCCUUUAGCCGCUUUAUCAUGGUCAUGGGAGCCAUGCUGCUGGUUUACUUACACCAAGCCGGAUGGUUUCCUUUUCGGCAGGAAGGAGGUCAACAACAGGCUCCCAACAAUAAUGUUGAAGUCAACAACGAUGGGCAAAACGCACACAACCUGGAACUUGAGGAGAUGGAGCGUCUCAUGGACGACGGGCUGGAAGAUGAGAGCGGGGAAGACGCAGGCGAAGACGCCAGUGCAGUUCCGAGGCCUGGGCUAAUGGCUGCCGCGUGGUCGUUCAUCACCACUUUCUUCACUUCGCUGAUCCCGGAGGGGCCUCCCCAGGUUGCCAACUAGACCCGAGAGACUGUGCCAGCUGCAAAGGAGGGUCUGACGUGAGGAAAGUGGGCUAAAUAACAGUGCAAUUUCAAAAAAAUUUAUAACUUUCUUUUGAAUAUCAUGUACAGAGGUGUUUUUUUUUCCCUUUAAGCUUCUCAUGCAUAUGAAUAUUUUAAGCACAAAUGGACUACUAAAUGUCUGAUUUUUUUUUAAAGAUCCUAACAACAUAGAGUAACAGUAUUGGCCUUCCAGGUCUGUUCAUUUAAAUUAUGCAUAGUGCACCAAGACACACAGACCUGUCUGUGUUUUUCUCAUUUCUUUAAAGAGCUGCUUCACAUGUAAAUAUCCAAAGCAAGUAACCCAGCCCUUCAAUGUGUAAUUUGAAUAAAUAUAUCUAUUUUCUGUGAAUUAUCCUGAAAGUUUUAAACAGAAUGACCUCAUAGUUUUUAAUAAAGAUUAUUAUUUACCAAAAAUGUGCUAGUAGAAUCUUGCCCAGACAUAAAGCAAUAAAUGUCUCAAUAUUCUUAAUUUUGAAAUUUGAGUAAAUGGUGGACACUUUCUAUUUUGAGGGCAAUGUAUCCCAUCAAUUGGAAUUAGUACCUUAAAAAAAAAAAGGCAGCUCUUCAGUGGAAUUAACAGUGAUACAAAGUGUUUGAUACAGGCAGUAGUACUUUUAUAGAACAAGAUGUGCUGGAAAUUGCUCCCUGUAAUUUUUUUAAAUAAAAAAGCAAUGAUGAAUUAUGGUAAA